UUUACAUUCGAGCUGUAGAGGGGGAAAUUCAGAGAGGGGAAAAGAACCGCCGGCCGCGGACUCGCCGCAUCACAGAGCGAGAGCGGCGGGAGGAGAGGUCGACUGACUCCCUCGAACUUCACAGCUCCGGCAGCUCCCUCAACCAGGGUGGGGUGUAUCAGGGGGCAUCCCUCGGCUCUCCCGCUUUUCCUCGGCUGCAGCCGCUGCCCGCCGCCGCUGCUUUUGCUCCGACCGCCACCAGCGCGAUGGGGGGCUCUGGAUCCAGCUUGCUCGACGAGAGCAAGUGCACCUACAUCCGAGGAAAGACAGAAGCUGUGAUCAAGAACUUCAGCCCACAUUAUAAACGGCAAUAUGCAGUUGCCUUUUGUAAGGACAUCCAGAAUGAGCUGGAACAAAACAGAGAUUUGCAGUCCCAGUUCCUAAAAACAAAGCCUCCUGCAGAAUCCAGUAUGGCCCUUUAUGAAGGAGAAUCGUUACACUUUGUUGAAGAUUUGAAGAAAUGGAAGGACAGAUACAUAGUGAUUAAAAACAACUAUGCUGUGGAAUGCUUUGAAAGCAAAGAGGCCUAUCAGAAGGGACUUGGUUCUAAAAGCUGCAUUCUACCUGUUGGUGGCAAAGUAUUGACUACAGAGGAAGAAUAUAAUGCCAUAUCUGAUAAACAUUUUCCAGACCCUAAUGGUUCCAGUGAAAAGGAGAAUUCCCCAGCUUUUGUCGUUCUUCCAAAGGAAUUUCCAGUCUACCUAUGGCAGCCUUUCCUUAGACAUAAUUACUUCUGCUUUCUGGAUCCUGUGGCUCAGAAACAAUUUAGCACAGUAUUGAAUGAUUGCAUCAGACACUUAAACCAUGAUUUUUUCAAGCAGUACUCCUUUGAAGCAGAAGCCUUUUUAGAAGCUGUCCAGUUUUUCCGUCAAGAGAAAGGUCACUAUGGUUCGUGGGAAAUGAUAACUGGAAAUGAAAUUCAGAUUCUCAGUAACCUUGUGAUGGAGGAGCUUCUACCUAGCCUUCAGAGCAUGUUGCUUCCUAAACUGAAAGGGAAGAGAAAUGACCGAAAAAGGGCAUGGUUUGGUAUAAUAGAAGAAACUUACAAUUUAGUUCAAGAGCAGGUUUCAGAUGGACUGCAUGCCCUGAAGGAGGAAUGCAAAGAAGUUACCGUGGGGCUUGAAGGAACCAUUCGUUCAAAUAUGGAUCAAAUUGUGACCUCUAAGAACUUUUUAGCUGGGAAAAUAAAAGGAACUGUAUCUGAACCUAUCCAGAAAUGCUGUGGUGAGAACAUUCAGCCCUUUCUGCCUUCCAUACUGGAGGAACUCAUGGGCCCAGUGAGUUCUGGCUUCAGUGAAGUCCAUCUUCUCUUUGAAAAAGAGGUCAAUGGAAUCAGCCAAAGCUUUCAAGCAACAAGUGAUACCACAAAGCUGAAAGAGAAUGUAAACUGCCUGAUGAGUCUUCCAUACAACUCAGUAAAAAUGGAACCUUGCUAUCUGAAAGUCAACCUCCUUCAAGAGCAGCUCCAGGACCUCAAGAGCCGCUUCAGAUUCCAUGACAUUGACUUGAUUAUUCAGAAGACCCAAAAUUUAAUGCAGGAGCUCCUGGAAAAUGCAGUGUAUACUUUUGAACAGUUGCUGGGCUUAAGUCAUCCCCGAGAUACAGCCAAAAUGGUAACAGCUAUUGAAAAAGUCAAACUUCGUGUCUUAAAGCAAUACGAUUAUGACAGCAGUACGGUCCGGAAGAAGAUAUUUCAGGAUGCCUUGGUCCAAAUCUCUUUGCCUACAAUGCAACGAACACUGGCCUCCACUUGUAAACCAAUGCUUCAGGAGUAUGAGCAGUACAUUUUUGCUGAGCAUACCAAUGUGAUACAAGUUGAAAAUGUCUAUGAAGAGAUUUUACUUCAGACUUUGCUUGAUGAAACCCUUAAAGUGAUAAGAGAAGCUGCACACUUGAAGAAACACAACCUCUAUGAAGAAAUGAACCUGCCUUUUGAAAGCGUAUCCAGCUUGAGUGACCUAAAAACCCCUUCAGGAUCAACCCAAGCUAGCCCAGCUAGGAAGCCAGCCACCAAUGGGACAGUAGUACCAGAUGCUGACAGUCAAAGUAAUGACGUGUUCACACCAGAAAAAAUCUCUCAGGAGGAAUGUCAUGAAACUCAGAAGAUGGUGGACUAUAAUGCAGAAACCUCUACUGCUGCACCUAGUAUUUUUGCUACACCAGUGGAAAAAGAAAUCAUUUCAGAUCACAGUGAUAAUCAGGAGCCACCUUCUGUGACGUACAGCAAUGCAGAGGAACAGGGAGCUCCUCAGCUUCCCGAUGUAGUAACGACAAGUUUUGGUGGAAGCACAAUGGUAGAAACUAAGGUACCAGUGGAAGAGGAAAAAAGUUCAGUUCCUGGUGGUGUGGAUGAAAUAAGGAAUUUGCUGACAUUCACAGUCGAAUUGCCACUAGAUGUUUCAUUGGAAAGCAAAGAAAAUGUUCUUCGUGAAUCUGUGAUUUCAAAGCCACAGGAAUGUUUAGAAGAAAGAGAGAAGGACAGCAAAAUGAACAUGGUGGAAUGUGGAAUGUGGGAGACACAGGGGCUUUCCAAGGUGCCUUUUCCCUCCAGUGUGGAAGGAAAUGGUGUAAAUCCAGUGAAGAUUUCCAAGGAAGAAAGCUGCAUAACUUUCAUGGAUUCUUCUGAGGUGCCUGAAGAACUGGGUGUUUGUCAAGCCUCAAAGACAGAGUUGGAGACAAAGACAAGCAUGUGGUAUACUGAUGUGGAGAGUGGCAGUACUGAUGAACAGUCCCAAGCAAACCUGCCUUCUGAACCCAGGCAAUCUGGUCAGACCGAAGGUAUCCCUCCUGUUCAUAAUGCUCUCAUGGACCAGAUAUCGCAAGUGGAACAAUCUGCCGAAAGUAGAGAACUUGACCAGGAGAAAGAAGAGCCUUCUUCCCUUCCCUCUGUCCCAAUGGAUGACAGUUCCCAAGUAGAGAAAUCUGCUGAUGGUGAUUUUCAGGAAGCAGAGUCCUCCCCUCUUGAGUCUGCUCCAGUAGACAUGGAUGCUCCAGCCUACUCAAGUGGUGCAGUCAUAACAGAAGAGUCUAUUUUGAAUAUUGCAGACCUGUCCGUAGAACCAACUGCUCUGUCAGUUUCUCCUGAAGCCAAAAAGAGUGAGUGUAAAAAUCUAGAGACAUUGCUGAAGACAGACAAUGAAGCCCUCACUCUGGGUGAAGGGUACGAUCCUAAGCCAGCAUGUAGUAUGUCAUUUGAAUGUUCAGAUUCUGCAAGUACAACAGAAAGUGCAACGGACAGAUGGGAAAAUGCUGAGGCUAUGUAUCCCAUGUCACAGUCUGAGAAAUAAAGAUUAUCUUGGGAGUCUAAAAUCUUAGACUUAUGGUCAUUAUAACAGAGAUGUCUUGAAAGCAGAAUGAAGAGAUUUAAUCAAACUCACACAUCCUAUUUCAAAACACUCACCUUUUUUGGAAUCUGUAGCUUACUGUUUGUGUAACUUCCUUUCUCUGCUAGCUAUUGCUGUUUGUAAUUCAUGCAUUCCAACCACUCAGAGUUUGGCUAACAAAAGAUUGAUUGUUGUCACCAAAAUGGUAAAGACUGGUAAAAUCUGUCUGUGGAAAGUUGAGUGAAGAUUUUAAAUAUUUGAAUUCCUUGAAAACAAAGUUCACUGAGAAUGUUCAUCAUCACUAUUUACAAGGAAUAAUUCUUCACAUGCAUAAGGAUUACAGUGCUGUAACAAUAGAAGGAAAUGCUGGUGUUAGAAGGAAAUGCUAAAUCAAAUCUAAUUAAAGGGCAAGAACAUUUGCAUGAAGCGUGCUAAGAAGAAAGUGACAGAAGUCUUCAGUGAAGGGUAAAGUGGUUUGCUUACUGGAGUUUGUACAGCAAAACUGUGCAUGGAGUUCGGACAUUUAGUAGUCAAAUUAGAGCUUCUAUAUUUAAAAGCAUUCAGAUAUUUUGACAAUGGAGUGGUCUGAUUUCCUCUUCUCAUUUUAUAGUUAUUGCAAUAUUUAAAGCUUUCAGAAUAGUUGGAGGCUUCUUUGUCCUUUUUAAAGGGGGUAGAGGCACCUUUUGCUGGGUACUUUAUACAUACUUCUUUUUCCAAAGGGAAUAAUAAAUGUUUACAAUAAUCUGCACCUUUAACUAUUCCAGGGUGUCUUAAAGCCAGGGUUAUGUGUGUGCUUUUUAAAAAAAUACCCAGUUAAUUGCAGAUUCAGUGAUGAAGCAUCUCAUUUUUAGCAGCAAGGAAAGGGGAACUAUGCAACCUCCAUAUGCAUUCUGUAAAUUAAGGGCAUUGCAUAAGCAUUGCUUUAGAGCAGCAGUCUCCAAACUACAGCCCACGGGCCAUAUCCGACUCACCUUGCCAUUUUAUCUGGCCCGUUCUCUUCAGUCCAUACAUGCACGCAUGGGGAUGCAUGUGGGCAGCCGUGCGGGUGGGCAUCUGUGCAGGGGGGUGCGUGCAUGUGUGCGUGC